CUCCUAUCAUCUUUUUGAUGCAAGUAUAUAAUUAAAAUGUUGCCACUACUGUUGGUUUCAUUCCUUGAUCAAGUUGUUGCAGUUCGUGAAGGUGCCGAGUGUGCAGCUCGUGCAAUGAUGUCUCAACUUAAUGCUCAAGGAGUUAAACUGGUUCUUCCAUCUCUUUUGAAGGGUCUUGAAGAUAAAGCUUGGCGAACAAAGCAAAGUAGUGUCCAAUUGCUUAGGGCUAUGGCCUAUUUUGCUCCUCAACAGCUGUCUCAGUGUCUCCCUAAGAUUGUUCCAAAAUUGACUGAGGUUUUAACACAUCCUAAAGUACUUUAAGCUUGCACUUCCUGAUAUUAUCCGAAACUGUUCUCAUCAAAAAGCAUCUGUCCGUGAUGGAUAUUUAACAUUAUUUAAGUAUUUACCAAGGUCAUUGGGCGUCCAAUUCCAUAACUAUUUACAGCAGGGCCUGCCUGCU